AUGGUGCUGCUGCACUCGCUUGCCCCAACAACUGCUGCUGCUGCAGCAGCAGCAGCAGCAGCAGCAGCAGCAGCAGCGCGCUCAAAUGCUGCUGCUGCUUCUGGCAGCGACGGCCCUGGUUACCGCAGGUGCUACAUAUGCGGCCGCCGCGGCCGCAGCAGCAGCAGCAGCUGCAGCAGCAGCAGCAGCAGCGAGAGCAGCAGCAGCAGCAGGCUGCGGCGCUGGCUUUUUGGACCCUCCUCGCUGCAGCAGCAGCAGCAGCAGCAGCAGCAGCAGCAGCAAAUCGGCAGCUGCAACCAGGAAGACAUGCAGCGCAUUCUGCGGCGAGCUGUACGUACACUCAAAGAAAGCAGGGAAAAAGAAGCAGCAGCAAAAGGCCGGCCCCCACACCCCACAGACUACGAACUCAUGGAGAGGCGGUGGAGUGGCUUUCUGAAGGCAGUUGAAAAGCACGGGAAAAUAUCUAGAGGAAACUUUAUAGAGGUCUACACAGAUGCCUGCAUUUGUAGCAGUAGCAGCAACACUGCAGCAGCAGCAGCACUGCAGCAGCAGCAGCAGCAGCAGCAGCAGCAGCAGCAGCUGUGCGCGUGUGCGCAGAUCGGCAGCUUCGGCUUCUCGCAAAAGUGGCUGUCGGAGUUGCUGCUGGCGAAAGUGCAUGUGGGGAUUUUUAACCCGCCGCUGCCACAGGGCUUCUACGCCCCUGCUGCUGCUGCUGCUGCUGCUGCUGCUGCUGCAGAGCCAGCAGCAGCAGCAGCAGCAGCAGACCUGGGGCAGCUGCAUGCAGCGCGCGCGGGCUCUUUGGCUUUUCGCAAUCACCGAAAGACACUUGUGGUUGAUGGAAGAGAAGCUUUUGUGGGGUCCUUUAAUGUUUCAGAAGGCUCCACAGGCCCCGCAAACGGGGGCACUGGCCGCUUUUUGGAUUUGCAUGCAAGACUGUGGGGCCCUGCUGCUGCUGACUUGGGAAAAGUUUUUGUUGGUUCUUUGGAAGCAGCAAAAGCUCAAACCCUAGCUGACAAGGCAGCAGCGCAGCUGCAGCAGGGUUUUGUUGAAUUGGGGCUGGCGUUCUCGGUUUGCCCCGCUUCAAGGGUUUAG